CACACCCAGUUUUUCUCACGACCCAAACCAAAAAAACACACACACAAAAAAAAAAAAAAGAAAAAGAAAAAAAAGACCAAAACGAUUUCUCACUCUCUCUCUCUUUUUUUAUUUUAUUAUUAUCUUUUGCGACUUUUCGUCACUAUAAUCUUUCUAUCAAGUGGUUCGGUUUGGCGCUAAGUUUUCUUCGACCAUGACUCUCUAGGGCUCCUUAAUUUCUUAAUCCUCUCUCUAUUUUUAUUGUUAUAUAAAUCUUAUAUUUUCAGUAGGCACUCGCACAAUUUUGGUUUCCUUCUUCUUCUUCUUCUUCAUAGCUGAAUUCAGCUCCCAACUAUGGGGGGCGACAAAGGCAUCAGUCUCGAGGAGAUUAAAAACGAGUCCGUCGAUCUGGAACGGAUUCCUAUUGAGGAAGUGUUCGAGCAGUUGAAAUGUUCGAGAGAAGGGCUAACAGCGGACGAAGGAGCCAACCGGCUUCAAGUUUUUGGACCAAACAAAUUGGAAGAGAAAAAGGAAAGCAAAAUUCUCAAGUUCCUAGGCUUUAUGUGGAACCCUUUGUCCUGGGUCAUGGAAGCUGCUGCUUUGAUGGCUAUUGCCUUGGCAAAUGGUGGUGGAAGGCCUCCGGACUGGCAGGACUUCGUUGGAAUUAUAGUUCUGCUCCUUAUCAACUCUACCAUCAGUUUUAUCGAAGAAAACAAUGCUGGUAACGCAGCGGCAGCUCUCAUGGCUGGUCUUGCUCCCAAGACCAAGGUUCUCAGAGAUGGUCGAUGGACUGAACAAGAUGCUUCAAUUUUGGUUCCAGGAGACAUAAUCAGCAUUAAGUUGGGAGAUAUUAUACCUGCCGAUGCCCGACUUCUUGAGGGUGAUCCUUUAAAAAUUGAUCAAUCUGCUCUAACAGGGGAGUCUCUUCCUGUCACUAAGAAUCCCUCAGAUGAAGUAUUUUCUGGCUCGACAUGUAAACAGGGUGAAAUUGAAGCAGUUGUGAUUGCCACCGGUGUGCACACCUUUUUCGGCAAAGCUGCCCAUCUGGUGGACAGUACCAACCAAGUUGGACACUUUCAGAAAGUUCUUACUGCUAUUGGAAACUUCUGCAUUUGUUCAAUUGCUGUUGGGAUAGUAAUUGAGAUUAUAGUAAUGUACCCAAUACAACACCGCCAGUACAGGGAUGGGAUUGACAAUUUGCUGGUUCUCUUGAUUGGAGGAAUUCCAAUUGCCAUGCCUACUGUUUUGUCCGUCACCAUGGCUAUUGGGUCCCAUAGGCUUUCUCAACAAGGUGCUAUUACCAAGAGAAUGACUGCCAUUGAGGAAAUGGCUGGCAUGGACGUCCUUUGCAGUGAUAAGACAGGAACCCUGACCCUGAACAAGUUGACUGUAGACAGAAACCUGAUUGAAGUGUUUGCCAAAGGUGUGGAGAAAGAACAUGUAGUUCUACUAGCAGCUAGGGCUUCUAGGACUGAAAAUCAGGAUGCAAUUGAUGCUGCAAUUGUAGGAAUGCUUGCAGAUCCAAAGGAGGCACGGGCCGGUGUAAGAGAGAUCCAUUUCUUACCAUUCAACCCUGUGGACAAGAGGACUGCUCUGACCUACAUUGAUUCGGAUGGAAACUGGCAUAGAGCUAGCAAAGGGGCCCCUGAACAGAUACUAACCCUCUGCAACUGCAAAGAGGAUGUUAAGAAAAAGGUCCAUUCGGUGAUUGACAAGUUUGCUGAACGUGGACUUCGUUCUUUGGCCGUUGCACGACAGGUAAUACCUGAGAAGUCGAAAGAUAGUCCAGGAGCACCAUGGCAAUUUGUUGGUUUGUUGCCUCUAUUUGAUCCUCCUAGGCAUGACAGUGCUGAAACCAUUCGAAGAGCCCUUAAUCUUGGUGUUAACGUGAAGAUGAUUACAGGGGAUCAACUUGCCAUUGCCAAGGAAACUGGCCGAAGGCUAGGAAUGGGAACAAACAUGUACCCAUCUUCAUCAUUACUUGGUCAAGACAAGGAUGCAUCAAUUGCAGCACUCCCUGUAGAUGAGUUGAUUGAGAAGGCUGAUGGAUUUGCUGGAGUGUUUCCAGAACACAAAUAUGAAAUUGUGAAGAGGCUUCAGGAGAGGAAGCACAUUUGUGGAAUGACAGGAGAUGGUGUUAAUGAUGCCCCUGCUUUAAAGAAGGCAGAUAUUGGAAUUGCUGUUGCUGAUGCUACUGAUGCUGCUCGAAGUGCUUCAGACAUUGUCCUUACUGAACCUGGGUUGAGUGUUAUUAUUAGUGCAGUGCUAACCAGCAGGGCCAUCUUCCAAAGAAUGAAGAACUAUACUAUCUAUGCUGUUUCUAUUACUAUUAGGAUAGUGUUUGGUUUCUUGUUCAUUGCUUUAAUAUGGAAGUUUGACUUUGCGCCAUUCAUGGUUCUGAUAAUUGCCAUCCUAAAUGAUGGAACCAUAAUGACAAUAUCAAAGGAUCGAGUGAAGCCAUCUCCACAGCCAGAUAGCUGGAAGCUAAAAGAGAUUUUUGCUACUGGUGUUGUGCUUGGUGGUUACUUGGCUCUGAUGACAGUAAUAUUCUUCUGGGCAAUGAAAGAUACUAACUUCUUCUCAGACACAUUUCAUGUAAAACCUUUGAGGGAGAGCCCUGAGGAAAUGAUGGCAGCCUUGUACCUACAAGUGAGUAUUGUGAGCCAGGCCCUUAUUUUUGUCACGAGAUCUCGUAGCUGGUCCUUCAUCGAACGUCCUGGACUUCUUUUAGUCAGUGCCUUCAUAAUUGCUCAGCUGGUAGCAACUCUCAUAGCAGUCUAUGCAAAUUGGGGUUUUGCACGGAUUAACGGAGCAGGAUGGGGUUGGGCUGGUGUAAUCUGGUUAUACAGUGUGGUAACAUAUAUCCCUCUUGAUAUCCUCAAAUUUGCAAUCCGCUAUGCCCAGAGUGGGAAAGCUUGGGAUACGCUUUUGGAGAACAAGACUGCCUUCACUACAAAGAAAGACUAUGGAAAAGAAGAGAGGGAAGCACAAUGGGCUGCUGCACAGAGGACUCUACAUGGUCUUCAACCACCCGAAACAUCUAACCUUUUCAAUGACAAGAAUAGCUACAGGGAGCUUUCUGAGAUUGCAGAACAAGCCAAGAGGCGAGCUGAGGUUGCAAGGCUCCGUGAGCUGCAUACGCUGAAAGGUCACGUGGAGUCGGUGGUGAAGCUGAAAGGGCUUGAUAUUGAUACAAUUCAACAACAUUAUACAGUUUAAAAGAGCAAGCUAUAUUUUCUUUUAAGUGGAGCAAACUAGGCUGAUGUCCUACCCCUGAAGGAGAAGAGAAGGGCUUAAAAUUAUGAUGACGAUGAAGAUCUUCGUAAAAAAACAACAAAAAUAAACCGAAAGAAAAAAAAAAAAUGUAGCUUUUUUAAAUCUAGAUUAGGGUUGGUAUUACUCUUGUUGGAAAUUUUAUUUAGUUUUUUAUCGUUACCAAUUGGUAAAGUUACUGUUCUCUUUAAUUAACAAACUAUAGUAAUUACAUAUCUUCUCCUUGUGCUGUA